AGCCAGUAUCUCACCGACACGUGGGCCCGAGUCGCACAACCCCACCCAGUCAUCGACUGUUCACACACCCACGCGCCCUCCCACGCUUCCGCACACUUCACCUACUCCCCCCACACAGUUCGCUGUUCGCUCCCGAGUUCACACUUCACAGUGGAGAGCCCCCCCCGACCUCGAGCCGAGCCGAGCCGAGCUGAGCUUCCCCACAUUCCUCUGCCACCGAAGCCCAAACCCUAAACCCUCGGGCCCGAAAUGCUGGCGCCGGCGCCCGCGAUUGCGGCCGCGCUGCUGGCGAUCCUCGCGGCGGCGGCGGCGAAGACGACGAUCGAGCCGUGCUCGGGCGCGGACGCGUGCCCGGCGCUGCUGGGGUACACGCUGUACGCGGACAUGAAGGUCUCCGAGGUGGCCGCGCUCUUCGACGCCGACCCGGCGGCGGUGCUGGCCGCCAACGCGCUCGACUUCGCCUCCCCGGGCGCCGCCAACCGCAUCCUCCCCGCGGGGACGGCCCUCCGCGUGCCGACCCGCUGCGGCUGCGCCGACGGCGUCCGCAAGUCCGUCGCCGUCCGCUACGCCACACGCCCCUCGGACACGCUUGGCAACGUCGCCGACGUCGUCUUCGCGGGGCUCCCGUCCGCCGACCAGAUCCGCACCGCCAACGGCCUCGCCGCGGAGGACCCCGACGCGCCGCUCGCCCCCGGCCUGAAGCUCGUCAUCCCGCUCCCCUGCGUCUGCUUCAACUCCACCGACAACAACCUACCCGCUGUGUACCUCUCCUAUGUCGUCCGGGUCGGGGACACCGCUCAGUCCAUCGCCGCCAGCCACGCCACCACCGUCACGGAUAUCAGCAAUGUGAACGCCAUGGGGAGCCCCAUUGUCGCGCCCGGUGACAUCCUCGCCAUACCAUUGUCCGCUUGCGCAUCAGCAAUUCCUAGCUCUGCCUCAGACUACGGACUGCUUGUGGCAAAUGGGACCUAUGCACUAACUGCUGGUAACUGUGUGCAGUGCAGUUGUGGGCCAGAGAAUCUCAAUUUGUACUGCACGCCAGCGCCAGCUUCAUUAACAACAUCAUGUUCAAGUAUGCAAUGCCCCAAUAGCAGUCUAAUCCUUGGGAAUGUGACUGCACAACCCACCAGUGGUGGCUGCAGUGUCUCGUCUUGCAUUUAUGGUGGCUAUGUUAAUGGAACCAUCGCAACAUCGCUAUCCUCUGGUCUUCAACCCACAUGCCCAGGACCACAUCAAUUUCCUCCUCUCACGGCACUGCCAACUGCUGUAAACCAUGGGUCGUACUCUCCAGCACCUGCACCAGGACCUGGAGAGGCUGGCGGUGCCAUCCCUGGAGGAUCCAAUGUCUCUCCGGCAAAUGAGCCUGCUGGAAACACCGCACAAGCGCCCGUCAUGAAUCAGCCGGGCUGUAUCCUCCUCCUUUCCUUUCUUUGUAUGGUCUUGUCGUUGCGGAUGUGAUCAUGUGAAUUCCUCCUGUGCAGAGUAUUGUUGGCUGUAUUUGUAUUGAACCAGAGAGGCCUCAUUUGGGCCCGGUGGAACCUCAAUGAGAAAGAUUGCUGUAGCUUGUAGCUCCUUAUCUUCA